UUAUCCCUUCAUUCAACCCACAAUAUUUUUCCAAUUCCCAUUUUCCCAAACAUUUACCACCGUUUAAAUUACUUGGCUUAUUCCACAUCACAAUCAUUUCCAACACAACACAAAACAUUAACAUAAAACCUCAAAAAAAACAUUCAAACUCUAACUUCACCCUUUGUCAAAAGUCUUUUUUUUUCAUAAUCAAGUACAAGAAAAAUUAACAAAAAAAGUUCCUUUUUUUUUCUCUGCAUGGCUUUGAUAACUUCUCAGCCCAAAAACCCUAUUCUCCAUAAUCACUUCACAACCCUCCAUUCUUCAAUUCCACAACUCAAUAGGCCUAUAGUGAAUUUUGGGUCAUUCUCAAAAAAUUCAAAAGCUAUUAAAGUUUGCAACUUUAACCCCAAGUCAAGAAAUUUUCACUUGAAAAACAACCCCUUUGAAUUUAAUCAAUUUUUUAUAGCUAAAUCCAAUGCUGCAAUUGGAGAAGUUGCUUCUUUGGAGCCAGAGGAAUCACCAUUGAAAAAACAUAGAAAGAUUUUUCUAUCUGAUGUUGAAGUGAAGAGAGAAAAAAAAGUCUUUUUUGGGAGGAAAUGGAGUUCAUUGGAUAUUGGAACUUUUGGUAUUGUUUUGGCAAUGCAUUUGCUUUGCUUAUUUGCUCCAUUCAAUUUCAAUUGGCCAGCUUUUUGGGUUGCUGUGGCACUUUAUGUUGUGACUGGACUUUUUGGUAUCACACUCUCUUUUCAUAGGAAUCUUUCUCAUAGAAGCUUUAAGCUUCCUAAAUGGCUUGAAUAUUUCUGUGCUUAUUGUGGAGUUCUUGCUCUUCAGGGAAAUCCAAUUGAUUGGGUGAGUACUCAUAGGUAUCACCACCAAUUUUGUGAUUCUGAUAAGGAUCCUCAUAGCCCAAUUGAAGGAUUUUGGUUUAGCCAUAUGAGUUGGCUAUUUGAUACCAAUUCUACUGUAGAAAGGUGUGGAGAACCAACCAAUGUUGGUGAUUUAGAGAAACAAUCAUUUUACAGAUUUAUAAGAAGCACUUACAUUUUGCAUCCAUUUGCUUUGGGAGCUCUUCUAUAUGCAAUUGGUGGAUUUCCUUUCCUUGUUUGGGGAAUGGGUGUGAGAAGUGUUUGGGUUUACCACAUUACUUGGUUUGUAAACUCAGCUUGCCAUGUUUGGGGAAGCCAAUCUUGGAACACAAGGGACCUAUCUAGAAAUAAUUGGUGGGUGGCUUUGCUUUCAUUUGGUGAGGGUUGGCACAAUAACCACCAUGCAUUUGAGUUUUCAGCUAGACAUGGUUUAGAGUGGUGGGAAAUAGACAUGACUUGGUACUUGGUGAAAUUUCUUCAAGCUAUUGGUUUGGCAACAGAGGUUAAACUACCAAGUGAAAGUCAAAAGCAGAGAAUGGCAUUGGACAAUAAUGAGGUGGUAGUCACAUGAAAAACACAAUUUUUUUAAAAUUUAAUUUAAGAUGUGAAAAGAAAGAGUAUAAUAAUAAAAAUGAAAGAUAAAAUGAAUUGAGAGGUUUUGGAAGGCUAUUAUUGUGUUGAACUUUUAUUUCAUUCUUAAAAAUGAUGGGUGUUAGAUUUGAAUGUAUAUGGGACUAUAUUACUAAAAGUUAGUGUAGAAGAGUUUGUAUUUCUUUUUCA